GUGUUUUGUCUUCGCCUGUCUUCCGGGGGUGUAACGAAUCGAUAUCCUCGCACACAUGGCAGAGAAUCAAAGCAUUACGCGUCCGGGAGAGAUGAGCGCUGUUUCGGGUUUCGGUAAAACGCUGGCCAUCAUCACCGGAGCGUCGAAAGGCUUCGGCCGGGCUCUGGCUCUGUCCAUUGCGCCUCGUCUGGCAGCGGGCUCGGCUCUGAUCCUUGCGGCCCGAUCGGAUGACAAACUGCAGGAGCUGAAGGCUGAGCUGUCCCGUAGUGAGUCCGGGCUGACGGUCCGCUGUGUUGCGGCUGAUUUACGGUGUCAAGCGGGUGUAGACAGAGUAAUUACCGAGAUCAGAGACAUCGAUCCGGACAUCGAUCAUCUGCUACUUUUCAAUAAUGCAGCUUCACUCGGGGAUGUGUCACGGUACUGUCGUGAUUUCACGAAUGUGGAUGAGGUGAACUUGUACCUGUCGCUGAACGUGAGCUCUGCACUCUGUCUGACCGCGGGAGUUCUGCGCACUGUCCCUCGGCGUGCCAGCCUGAGACGCGUCAUUGUCAAUGUCAGCUCAUUGUGCGCACUCCAGCCCUUCCCAUCCUGGGUUCUGUACUGCAGCGGGAAAGCGGCCCGGGACAUGAUGUUCCGCGUGCUGGCGGAGGAAGAACCGGAUCUCAGAGUCCUGAACUACGCUCCAGGGCCUCUGGACACGGACAUGCAGCUGCAGGCAAGGAGCAGCUCAGCAGACGACGCUCUGAGGAACUCGUUCAGCGUCAUGCACACUCAGGGUCAGCUGCUAACCUGUGAUCAGUCCAUAAGCAAACUCAUGAAGGUACUGGUGGAGGACAAAUAUCCCUCUGGAGCACAUCUGGACUUCUAUGAUUUAUAGAGUUUGUGCCUUAAACAACCACUCAUUCUGUCGUGUUCAUCCCAGAGCGUUACAUUAAUGAUUGAUUGAGAGCAGACGCUAUGUAAUAGGGCCGCACGAUUAUGACAAAAAACAUAAUUGUCUAUUAUUACCUUGAAAUUGUAAUUGUGAUUAUUAAUUACGAUUAUCACAAUUAACAUUAAAUGAUGUUUUGAAUAGCUUUAUACCAGGGGUAGCGAACUCCGGUCCUGGAGAGCCACAGCUCUGCAGAGUUCAGCUCCAACCCUAAUUAAAACUCACCUGCCUGUUGCUUUCUAGUAACCCUUCAGACCUUGAAUAGCUUGUUCAGGUGCGUUUGAUUAGGGUUGAAGCAAAACUAUGCAGGGCUACGGCUCUCCAGGACCGACGUUCGCCACCCCUGCUUCAUUGUUUGAAGCACUGCAUGCCACAUUUUUAUAUAUAGUUAUAGUUAUGUAUAGUAAAAAAAAAAAUAAACCAAUGGAAAAAAAAAAAACUUAAGAUAACCUGUAGAAAAAAAACACCCCACCCCAUCUUAAGCAAGCAGAAUAAUUAUUUUUAUGAUUGUGCCUUUGAAUGAUUAUGUAAAUGUGGCAUCUGUAAUUGUAAUCACGAUUAGAAAUUUGCUUAAUUGUGCAGCCCUACUAUGUAAUGAACCUCUGUGAUGAACCAAUAAAUCUAAUUUACGGGUCAUUAGUGAUAUGCAGUUUCUGUUUGAUAUGUUCUUGUGUUAUCACAAUACUGGAAUAUCUAACCUUGAUAUGAUACCUUGAAAAAUAUCAAUAAGCACCACUGGUAUUGGUGUAUUGAAACAGUUUUAAAAGUUUUAGUAAUGUUAUGUAGAGUGAUGGGCCUCUGAAUAGUGCCUUGAUUUAUUUGAGGUGUUUCAUGAGGAUUUUACUUUUAAAUUACUAUGUAUUUCUGGACCAAAAAAGCUCUGUCUGUUUCCAUUUGCCAAAUGUUUCUUCAUUAUGUGUUCGAACUCUUGUUUACUGAUGAUAUCCUUCUAGCUGCUGCUGUUUGUCAUGUCAUAAAUACACUAAAGAGUUUGGUUAAAAUGUAUUACUUGUGUUAUCCAAGUCCAGACCACGUGAUGUCUUUUAUUCUGAAAUGUAAACUUAAUGUCUUUAAUUACUAACCAUAUUUCAACUUUAUAUAACUUGUAUAAUAAAUAUUAUAUAAGAAAUAUAUAAUAUAUAUAAUGCAGAUUCUGUAUUUCAGUCACUUGACUUUUACCAGUAACGCUGUCGUCACUGGAAUAAAUGCUGUGCGUUCCUGCAGUG